ACGGCAGGGCAUAGCAAGAGUAGGAUUCGACAGACACAGUCAAAUUGGAUUUAAUUGAAAAAACAAAAGACUAAUUUUUAUUUCCGUAUCUUUUUUGGUUAGAGCCGUAACUGCUAAUCAAAUGCUAGUUUAUCGAUUGGAGGCCCAUAAAUACGGUUGUGGUGUGUGAGAAUUGUUUUGCAAGCUUCCGAAACGCUGGCCGUUGAGUCCACUACGUGUUGUUGUGGGAACCAGCUCAGGCGCGGGCUGCGGCGCGCCGCCGGCUACGAGUAAUCUUCAGUUAAAUUGGAUUAUUCACACAAAGAAAUGCAUUCGCUGCGAGUAACUGUCAUAUUUGCAUAGUUUGGAUUUUUAUUUUGUGUGUGUGUGCAGGCGGCGGCAUGUGGCGCGGGCCUCGCUGGCGCUGGGCGCUCGCGCUGCUGCUGGGCGGCGCGCUGGUGUGGGCGCUGCGCGGCGGCGCGGGCGGCGCGCCCCGAGCCGCGCGCCUGCGCUCCCCCGACCAGUGGGUGGAGGGCCGCGAGCUACCGCUCAUCUUUAUCGGCGGCGUGCCGCGCUCCGGCACCACGCUCAUGCGCGCCAUGCUCGACGCGCACCCCGACGUGCGCUGCGGCCAGGAGACGCGUGUCGUCCCGCGCAUCCUGCAGAUGCGCCAACAUUGGGCACACUCCGCAAAGGAGUCCGUCCGGCUCGAGGCCGCCGGCGUCUCUAAAGCGGUGCUCGACAACGCCAUCGCGGCGUUCUGCUUGGAGGUGAUCGCGGGGCACGGCGAGCCGGCGCCGCGGCUGUGCAACAAGGACCCGCUGGUGCUGAAGAUGGGCGGCUACGUGCUGGAACUGUUCCCCAACGCCAAGUUCCUGUUCAUGAUGCGCGACGGCCGCGCUACCGUGCACUCCAUCAUCAGCCGCAAGGUAACAAUCACUGGGUUCGACUUGACGUCGUACCGGCAGUGCCUCACCAAAUGGAACCACGCCGUGGGCCUCAUGUACCAGCAGUGCAAGGCGCUGGGGCCGACGCGCUGCCUGCCGGUGCGGUACGAGGCGUUGGUGCUGCGGCCGCAGGAAACGCUGCGCUCCGUUCUCGCCUUCCUCGAGCUGCCCUGGACGGACGCCGUGCUGCACCACGAGCGCUACAUCAACCAGCCCAACGGCGUGGCGCUGUCAGACGUGGAACGGUCGUCGGACCAAGUGGUGCGGCCCGUGAACCUGGACGCACUGGACAAGUGGGUGUCGGCCAUCCCGGCGGACGUGCGCGCCGACAUGGCGGAGCUGGCGCCCAUGCUGUCGGUGCUGGGCUACAACCCGUGGGCCAACCCGCCCAAGUACGCCGAGCCCGAGCCGGGCCGCGCGCCGCCGCCGCCGCCGCCCGCCGCGCCCGCCGCCGCCGCCGCCGCGCAACACGACCCGCCCGCGCCGCAGCCGCCGUAGGGGACAAUAUAUGGCCAUGUACUUUA